UAACCCGGAAAAAAACUAGCCGUUAGUUCUUACCCUCCCUUUAAUCUCCUUUUUUAGGAAGUUUUCGAUUUUUCUUCUCUAUAAUCCAAUCAAUCAACUGAAUCCCUAAUUAGUAAUUACAGUCCUCCAAUUUUCUCUCUUCUUUUCUCUCAUUUUAAUUACUCAAUUCAACUUCCACUUUAGUUCAAUAACCCUAAUUAAUUUUCCCCUUUUGUUCUCUGUUUUCAAUCAAAUUAAAAACCGCCCAAUUGAAAUAUAUUGAAAAAUUUUAUUAGGGUUUUUCAAUGGCAUCAAGAACUGCUACUAAAGAUAUCAUCACUCUUCGUGGAUCUGCAGCAAUUGUUAGCGAAUUCUUUGGUUAUGCAGCUAAUAGUAUUUUGUAUAAUCGAGGAGUAUACCCAGAAGAAAGUUUUGCUAAAGUGAAGAAAUAUGGAUUACCAAUGCUUCUUACUCAAGAUGAAGGUGUUAAAUCUUUCAUUACUAAUAUUACUGCUCAACUUUCAGAAUGGCUUGAAGCAGGGAAAUUACAAAGAGUUGUUUUGGUGAUAAUGCAAAAAUCUACCAGUGAAGUUCUAGAAAGAUGGAAUUUUAGCAUUGAAACUGAUAGUGAAGUUGUUGAAAAAGGGGUAUCAAGGGAAAAGAGUGACAAGGAAAUAAUGAGGGAAAUACAAGCAAUUAUGAGACAAAUUGCUUCUAGUAUCACUUACUUGCCUUGCCUUGAUGAGCCAUGUGUUUUUGAUGUGUUGGCAUACACUGAUCAGGAUGUUGUUGCCCCUUUCACUUGGAUUGAAAGUGAUCCCAAAUUGAUUUCUAAUCCUCAAAUGGUAAAAUUGCAUUCUUUUGAUACUAAGAUUCACAAGGUUGAUACUUUGGUUUCUUACAAGUAUGAUGAUGAGGAUGAAGAGUAAAAAGUGUUGUUUAGGCAAAGAAAGAUCACUCCUAUCAUGUUAUGUUGUGGGAAAGUAGUCAAUUUGGUUAUGUACCUAGGUGAAUCAUUGAUUCAUCAUUUUGUAUUUGGGUUUGAUGUUUGUUGUUAAGUAAUGAUGAAAUUACCUGUUAUCAUUCUAUUGAUCAUACAAGAAACCACAUGAAGUACAAACUUAGCGUGCUCGCUAUAGAAAUUUUCGUAUCCACCGCCUAUCUGUCAGUCACAGACAAAUAAUGACUGCCCAACGGCCAGUCCACCACCACAACUUACUCGUACUGACCUAAAAUCAUUGAAAAACCAAGUUUGCAAGUUACUCAAGAAAAGGCUAAAUCACAUAUUCACCUCGUCAAAACGUACUUGGAAUAGUAUCAUGUGGGUGUGUGGUAGGUUUGUGAUAAUUAGCUCGAUAUAAGGUGAGUAAGCAAAACCAACACCAUAUAUAGCAGAUGACUUUUCUUUCAUAUGUUCACCUUCUAUAAAUGAAUGGUUUGUUUUAAAAAGCAAACAUCAUUUGUAGAUUGCUAC